CGUCACUUCUGUGUAUACAGUUUGUAAACAAAGCCAAAACAAAGAUGGAUUCAUCAAAAGGUUUAAUCUAAAAAUAAGCCAGAUCGAAUAACCAAAUAGCACAAAUUGUAAUCGGUGUCAUGCACAGUUCGCUGACUUUGGUAUAGGUAUAAUUAGGUACAGUAUUUACAUGUCGUUGUUUGGAGCGAUAUUUACUUUUAUUUCCAAGUUGCACGGCGAUUAUUAUUGUUUUUCUGCAUCGACGUUGGAGGGCUUCUGCUCGUUCCUGCUAGCUAGCUACCCAGCUGGCUAGCUAAGCUAAGCUUACUGAUAAAGAACAACUUAUCUAGCAAGACACGUCAAAAAAAAAUACGUGCUUAUCUUGCUGUCCUCUUAGCUAGCUGUCCUGGUCGUAGUGGGUGUUGUGUGUGCUGGUCCAGUUCAAUGGGGAACUGUUUGUUUUCGCAAGGCGCCGACGACUUGUCUCUCCUCAACGAGUCCGAGGGAGCCAGUGUUCCAGGGGAGCCUCCACCGCCUUACCAGGUAAGUUCAGGGGGAGAUGGAUCACAUCUAUACCGGGGAUCCAUUGAUAACCAUGUCAGCUAACUGCCCACGUUGUAUGUUGCAUGGGCUGUGUUUUGUAUCUUGUUGCCAGACUCAUUUCGUAUUCUGUCAGAAGUGUAGGGUUCACUAGUAAGCUAUACCUGUUAUGUUAGAAUUUCUGGCAUGGUUUAGCUUACUAACACUUCUAUAAAGGCUUUCUUCCAUGGCUUCUCCAUACCUUUGAAGUCUGUCCAUUUCCCCAUCAAGUCAAUGGUAUAAAAUCUGACUGUCUGAUAUAGUAGAGGAUCUGCAUGUAGUUUUGGGGGGUCCAGAGACUCCCUGAUGACUGUAUCAUGGGUUACCCUGUACCCCUCUCCCCACAUGCCAUACAGGAGCGUGUCCAGGCGCCAGUGUACCACCCCACCCCCAGUCAGACGCGCCUGGCCAGCCAGCUGACAGAGGAGGAGCAGGUCCGUAUCGCCCAGCGGAUCGGCCUCAUCCACCACCUCCCCAGAGGCAUCUUCGACCCCGGCUCUGAGCCCUCUGACAAGAAAGUCAAAGAGUGAGUCUGUCUUUUUGUGCCCUGUGACAAACCAUGUCAUUUUUCUUGUAGUACAACCAAUUUAGACACUAAUUUCAUAGCAAUGUCCUAUUUCUAGCCACAUUAUCUUGAGCCAUGACCCAAAAGAAAAUGUGUGGGUCCCAACCCAUUCUAUGGGGGGGGGGGGGGGAACUCACCUCAUCCAUUACAAAGCGUAUGUAAGUCAGCUGUAGGCCUUUCAUUAUUUGAAACUGGUCCCAAAUUUUGACUAAACGCUAUCAUGUCUUGCGCCUCACUCUCUCCAGGUGUGCGAUCUGCAUGAAUGACUUUGAGUACGGCGAUCCCAUCCGGUUCCUUCCCUGCCUGCACAUCUACCAUGUGGACUGCAUCGACGCCUGGCUGAUGAGGUCCUUUACCUGUCCUUCCUGUAUGGAGCCUGUGGACGCAGCCCUGCUCUCCUCCUAUGAGACCAACUGAACUGAGCUGAGCAGUCUCUGGCUGGGUCCUGUUCAUUAGGCCAAACGGAAGAAAACAGAUUAAAACAGGGAGGGACUUGUCCAAUAAGAAACGCUCGUUCAAAUGUUUUCAGUUGCAAAACUAUUCCCUAUUUAAUGUACUACUUUUCACCAGAGCCUUAUAGGCCCUGAUCCAAAGUAGUGCACUAUAUAGGGAAUAGGGUGCCAUUUUGUACAGAAUCCUAGCGACUUCCCCUCUAAUAGAGGUGCCAAACGCCCUUAUGACACAUCACCCCUUUAACCCGGAUGUUCUGUUCUAGUCACACAGACAGCUGCCCUGGGAGGAGAGGUGGGUUGUGUCAAAAUAUGUAGGGUGUGCUAUGAUGUGCCACACUGAGAGUGUUGAAAAUGGGGCUUUUGUAAUUAGGAACGUCUCUCUUUCGCCUUUUCAGACUUGUUGCCAAAUACAUGUUAAGGAUAAAGGAUAUAGAUGGAGAACUUUAGAAGUCAUGAUGAGAGACAUUAUUGACAACUGAUUUCACUUUUGGAUGAUCUGAGGGUGUUAGACUAGAGAUUGGCCCAUUAGUUUAGUUUAUGUAACCUGGUCUUGGAUCUGUUAGUGCUGUCUUCUUAACAACAGCACAACAAUUGGCAAGACAGCACAAACAGAUCUGGGACCAGGCUAUAGCCUAGUUUAUGUGGUUGGUUCAUCCCCCUCCAGACCAAAAUGUGCAAUAUGAUAUGAGGAAGUGCAAGAAUUGCUCUGUUCUGAUUGGUCAAAAGAAGGUGACCCCCGACCUUAACACUGCUGUCUCGGCCAAUUCGCUUUAAGACUGGUAUGGCCUUGAAUGUCUCUCAAAAAGCACAGUGCUCUUUACUAGAAUGCCAUUUUUUUCUAAUCAAAGGGCAAUCAUAGAGAGAGAAAAAAGUUCACAAAGUAAUGAGAAUAAACUAUGAGGUCUCCAUCCCAUGCCUGUCUAGUAGGCUACUUCAUGACUUACUACUGGCCUCAUACCUUCAUUGGAGAUGUUACUACUGGCCUCAUACCUUCAUUGGAGAUGUUGGAUUUGUAUGUACAGUGGGGAGAACAAGUAUUUGAUACACUGCCGAUUUUGCAGGUUUUCCUACUUACAAAGCAUGUAGAGGUCUGUAAUUUUUAUCAUAGGUACACUUCAACUGUGAGAGGCGGAAUCUAAAACAAAAAUCCAGAAAAUCACAUUGUAUGAUUUUUAAGUAAUUAAUUUGGCAUUUUAUUGCAUGACAUAAGUAUUUGAUACAUCAGAAAAGCAGAACUUAAUAUUUGGUACAGAAACCUUUGUUUGCAAUUACAGAGAUCAUACGUUUCCUGUAGGUCUUGACCAGGUUUGCACACACUGCAGCAGGGAUUUUGGCCCACUCCUCCAUACAGACCUUCUCCAGAUCCUUCAGAUUUCGGGCUGUCGCUGGGCAAUACGGACUUUCAGCUCCCUCCAAAGAUUUUCUAUUAGGUUCAGGUCUGGAGACUGGCUAGGCAACUCCAGGACCUUGAGAUGCUUCUUACGGAGCCACUCCUUAGUUGCCCUGGCUGUGUGUUUCGGGUCGUUGUCAUGCUGGAAGACCCAGCCACGACCCAUCUUCAAUGCUCUUACUGAGGGAAGGAGGUUGUUGGCCAAGAUCUCGCGAUACAUGGCCCCAUCCAUCCUCGCCUCAAUACGGUGCAGUCGUCCUGUCCCCUUUUGCAGAAAAGUAUCCCCAAAGAAUGAUGUUUCCACCUCCAUGCUUCACAGUUGGGAUGGUGUUCUUGGGGUUGUACUCAUCCUUCUUCUUCCUCCAAACACGGCGAGUGGAGUUUAGACCAAAAAGCUCUAUUUUUGUCUCAUCAGACCACAUGACCUUCUCCCAUUCCUCCUCUGGAUCAUCCAGAUGGUCAUUGGCAAACUUCAGACGGGACAUGCACUGGCUUGAGCAGGGGGACCUUGCGUGCGCUGCAGGAUUUUAAUCCAUGACGGCAUAGUGUGUUACUAAUGGUUUUCUUUGAGACUGUGGUCCCAGCUCUCUUCAGGUCAUUGACCAGGUCCUGCCAUGUAGUUCUGGGCUGAUUCCUCACCUUCCUCAUGAUCAUUGAUGCCCCACGAGGUGAGAUCUUGCAUGGAGCCCCAGACCGAGGAUGAUUGACCGUCAUCUUGAACUUCUUCCAUUUUCUAAUAAUUGCUCCAACAGUUGUUGCCUUCUCACCAAGCUGCUUGCCUAUUGUCCUGUAGCCCAUCCCAGCCUUGUGCAGGUCUACAAUUUUAUCCCUGAUGUCCUUACACAGCUCUCUGGUCUUGGCCAUUGUGGAGAGGUUGGAGUCUGUUUGAUUGAGUGUGUGGACAGGUGUCUUUUAUAUAGGUAACGAGUUCAAACAGGUGCAGUUAAUACAGGUAAUGAGUGGAGAACAGGAGGGCUUCUUAAAGAAAAACUAACAGGUCUGUGAGAGCCGGAAUUCUUACUGGUUGGUAGGUGAUCAAAUACUUAUGUCAUGCAAUAAAAUGCUAAUUAAUUACUUAAAAAUCAUACAAUGUGAUUUUCUGGAUUUUUGUUUUAGAUUCCGUCUCUCACAGUUGAAGUGUACCUAUGAUAAAAAUGUCAGACCUCUACAUGCUUUGUAAGUAGGAAAACCUGCAAAAUCGGCAGUGUAUCAAAUACUUGUUCUCCCCACUGUAUGUAUGUUUUACGGGGUGUGUUUGGGUGUGUUGUUGUAGCUGUUAGUUAGCCUGGUCCCAGAUCUGUUUGUGCUGUCUUGCCAAGGUGGCAAGCCUUACUAGGCUAGCUCUUAGUACCCUAAACUGCUUUUUCACCUUGGAUCUUUUUCCUUACAAAGCUUUGCCUUGACUGUGUGCUGUCUUACUUUUAUGAGAACAUGGUUUGUUGUUGUUGUUCAUUCUCAUUGUUAUGUUUACUGUCAGUGAUUGACUUUUGCGUCCGAAAUGGCACCCUAAUACCUAUAUAAUGCACUACUUUUGAGCAAAGCACUAUGCAGGAACUGGUCAAGAGUAGUGCACUAUGUAGGGAUUAGGGUGCCAUUUUGGAUGUAGCCAAAUACGCUGUGCAAUUAUCCAUCCCCAAACUCUAUGCACCUUGGGAUCUCCUCUGGUACUGUGUAGGUCUGGGACUGUAUAGUCUUAGGAUCAGUUUAGCCUUUUAGAUCAUAAUUGAAUACAGGCCCUUAACCAGGACAGAGGAAAUCUCUUGUUUGUACUCCUUUUCCCUCUUUCUCCUACUACUCACUCUAGUGUCUCUUUGAAUAACUUUAUUGUAUAAGUGUUUGACAAGAGUAAAAGAGAGUGAGAACGUGUCAAAAUUUUAAAAAAGUCAUUUUAAUUUACGGUGUUUGGAUACUGCAUAUAAAGGUUGUAUCUAGAGUGUUUUCCAAUGUAGUCAGAAAAUGUGUGUGAAUAUUGAUCUGUUUUUUUUGUGUUAUAGUGAUGAUCUAUUCUACAUGAUGGAAUUCCAGAGCCCCCAGGACUGGAAAGAAACUUUUUAA